AUGCAAGGCAAAGAUUCGUUAUUAAUUCUUCUUAUUAUAUCCAUAACAUCUGCACGAUUUGUCAAUCAUUCUCAAGAAUUGCAAGUAAAUCAUUCCACGAAUAAUUCAUUAAACUCAUCAAUAUUAAAUGCACAACUAAUUCUAGGACUUUCCAGAAUAUUGGGUUUACCAGAUUGGGACUUUUCUUCUGGUUCAAUUUCUGAAUGUGGAACUGAUUCGGAUUGUCCAAAAGAAGAUGAAUGUGAAAGUGUAAUUCGAAUAAUCGAUAAAUUAUCAUCAUCUGAUAGCGAAUGUUCAGACUCAAAAAGAAUUGAUCAAAUAGAUAAAGCAGAACAAAAAUUAGCUGAAUGUGAUAAUGAAAAAGACAAAAGAUCAUAUAAUGAGGAUGAAAUUAACGAAAAGACUUCUUUUCUUCAAGAUGAAUUCAUCAACACCAACGCAAAGGAGAAACUUGCUGGUUGGAAACUCAAAAUACCAAAAAAGGCUUUUGUAUCAGGUAAAAAACUAAUGAAUUCAGAUAAUCUCAAGAUAAAAUUCAAAUGGGGUAAAAAAUUUCCAAAAAGUAAACUAUUAGAUAAAUUAAUGGGACAUCAAGAUUCUAGUGAUGAAAUAAGUGAAUUUGAAGAUGAUCCAGAAGAUGAAAUAAAGGAAGAAUUUGACUAUAUUAGUGAUCAUAAUUCUAAAAAAGAAAGUUGGGUUGAUAAAAUUAUUAAUAGUGAUAUGAUUGAUUUUGAUGAACCAACUUCAUUUUAUAAUCCAUAUAUUGUUAUUAGUGUUAUUACUGUAACCAAAUUAAUUACUGUUUCCCCAACAACAACAACACUUGAAGUAGAGUCAAAUAUUACCAAACAACCUGAAAUUGUAUAUGAAACUAAAUCCAAAACCAAAUUUGUAACUUCUAGAACCAAAUCAACAAUUGAUCAAUCAGCAGUGAUGUCAAUAAUCAAUUCAUUUAUUAGUCCAGGAUUCAAAGAAUUGACACCUACUAAAACAAGUUAUUAUUCACCUUCUGAAAUUACAAAGUUCCCAUAUGAUGAUUAUAGUGAGUCUGAGACGGUUGCGUCCACUUCCAAAUAUAAAACAAGAAUUGCACCAACUAAAUUUCUGUCAAGAAUCAACUCAUUUACUUCUCCAGAAUAUGAAAAAUACAAACCAACAAAAACCGGGCAAACUCCAAUAAUUACUGACUAUCCAGCAGCCUCAUCUAAAUCGAAAUUUAGAUCAACCUCAAUUCAUCCAAAACAAUUGCUAUCAAGAAUCAACUCCAUGCUUAUAGGUGACAGAUUACAAUACCCAACUUUAUCAAAAUCUUAUUAUUCAUCAUAUGAUACCAGUAGAUUCACUAUUCCCAGAUUAAAAUCUAAACCAAGUCCAGGUAUAAUUCUUAGAACUAGUUCUGGUGCACCACCUUGUUCUUCUACUGAAACAUUCACCACCACCGUAGUUGAUGAAAAAAAUUGUGGUCCAACCUCUUCAACACCUCCGAAUGAGAUAAGAUCUAAAAGUUACUCACAUUCAAAACCUGAACAAAGUUUACACACCCCCUAUUACAAAGAUUUUGAAUCAAAACAUGGCAUUGAAAGUGAUUCUAAUUAUUUACCAAACUUGGAAACCUCAAGUAAUAUUGAAUAUGAACUUAGAGUCACAUCAAAGCCGGAUAUUGUAACCACGAAAAAUAAACACAGAGUAAAACCUAGCUUGAAGUUCACCAAAAAAUAUAAGCCUAGCAAAACACUACCAUAUAUGGAAACUAUCACCACAUAUGAAGAAGAUCAAAUCAAAAGUAAAUAUCAACAUCCAUCAUCUUAUCAAAAAUCAAAUAAAGAAUUUGAAUAUGAACCAAGGUUCACCUCAAAGCCUGGACCUGAAUCAACAAAGCAAGAUCAUGAUAAUGAUUUCACGUCAAAAAUUCAUUUUGUACCCUCCUCAGUUUUAGCGGAGGUCCCGAAUCAACAGGAUACUCAUUAUUGGACAAGUGUAUUAGAUGUUGAAACAUUACCACCAUUCACCUCAAAAAUUGAUGUUGACAUAACAACUCAUAUUGAAGAAAAAACAUCCACCAGUACAAUUCAGCAAGAUCAGUUUGAUUAUUGGAAAAGUAAAGUUGAAAAAUUCUUAUCACCUUCCAAAACUACUGAAGCAGCUAUAAUUGAUGAUCCUCCAAAUGCCAGAACCCAUAUUUCUGAGACUCGUCCAUUAGUUGACUUUGAAGAUGGACAUUUUAUAAUUGGCAGAACAACUGAAAGAGUGCAUUCCUCAAUAACUGAAAUUUCCUCGACUGAGGACACUGGAUUAGUAAGUAUAUUACCAAUUGAAGGGACAACUGUGAUUUUAAAUCCAACUUCUUUCCCAACUAUUAGACAUAUAACAAGUAGGACCAGGGUUAGAACAAGAACAAGACUUCAGAACAUGAAUCAAUUAAUGAACCAUACAUCUGUUCAAAAUAUAACCACGAAUUUAAAUUCCUCAUCAAUAAUCACAACACCCUCGGAUAUAAGGACAUCUUUCAAUUCAUCCACCAAUAUCAUGAAAACAACAAAACAAGUUGAGAAAGAAAUCACUAAUUCUGAUGUAAAUCACAAUGGAAUAUAUUCAUUUACAGGAGUUGUAUUACCAAAAUCUUCAUUUACUUGGAAAUCAAUGUCAUCAAUAAGUUCAAAUUCUAAAAAUUUUAUUAUUGAAAUUGUAAUGUGUUUUGUACUAGGUGUUAUAUUAGUUUUAUAA